AUGAAGGAGUUCCUUGAUUCAACCGCGGAUGGAGUUGCUCGAAUGACAGAAGAGUACGCAGGAGCAUUUGACCGUGAAGUGUGGAAAGCACAGCAGAAAGCUCGCUUCCGUUCACAGCUUCGUCAGGCUAAGGAAAAGCUAGAGCGAGACAUCCUCCUAGCGGUGAAGGAAAAGGAAAAGAAGAAUAUAGUUGAGCUAGAGAGUACCCAUAAGGACCUUGAGAAAGUGGCAAAGCGCCUACACGACGCUGAACAAGCUAUUCAGCGUCGUACAAAACAGCUGGAGAUGCAGGAGGCCGCAUUCGAAGCGCGUCGGGCUAAGGUGGCGGAGCAGCAUGAAAUGCAGGUUAAUCGUGCUGAACAGCGUGCGAAGCGCACUAUGGAGGAGGUUCUUUCUCGCCAAAGCUCAUUGGAAGCCCAGAUUUUAGAAAAAGAUCUCGUGAUUAGCCAACUAAGGGAUAGGCUGCAAGGCUUAGAAACCGAGUACGAUUCAUUAAAGGAAAAAAUGGAUUUGUGCCUAACUGAACAGUCAAAUGCGUAUGCGGAAGGUGCCAAAAAGUUGGAUCAAAGGCUUACGCAAGCCACGAAGUUCAUCGAUGAGCUGAAAGAAGUCUUGAACGAUCGUACGCAGCUUCUGCAGAAGUUGUGGCGCGAAAAUGAGGAACUUCGAACGCAGCUCGAGCAGUCCAAGCUGAGCUCGGAAACGCUCUUUAAGCAGUACAACGACCUCCUAAACCGAUGGUACGCGAGUGAGCGUGAGCACAAGGAGAAAGAACUGAGGCGGCUUGACGAUGAGGUUCAUCAACGGCAGCGGCGGCGAGGGGGCUCGCAUUCGAACGCGCCGCGCGAUCCCCUCCACGCGAUGCUGCAUUCCCUCAAGGCGGAUGUGGCGUCGUAUCUCGGCGAGAUCUCCUCCACGCGGCGUGCGGGGAAGGGUGGGGGAGCUUCCAAGAGCGCCCAUCCCCCUCCCUUAUCGUCCUCCUAUGUGUGUGUGGAGCGGCCGGUUUCCGUUUCCGUGGCGCAACCGCCUGUGAAGGUCGUGGAGCGUCCGCCUUCCCCGGAGGUGAUUGCCGUCCGUUCGAUCGCAACGAGCCCCCUUUUGCCUCAACCUCCUCCUCCUUCUCCAAAGGAGGAGGUUGAACAGGGGGAAAUCACGGCAAACACCUCCACCAGCUCCUACCCCCAUGUGGAGGUCGAAUCCUGGCGAUCUGACGAGGAAGAAAAGCGAUGGGAGGAAAUCAAAGCGGGUGAAGAGAGGUUAGAGAUGGAAGAGAUGGAGGAGAAGAACGCAGCCUCGAUUUCCACUGCUACGUUGCCGCCGCUCGCCCCUUCUCCAGCUCCCGAUACCACUACGGAGGUUUUACCCUCCCCGGAGGAUUUCGCGCAGGCCGCGCAAACCGGCGUAUCCUCGGUGGAAUCAGCCCGCAACGAAAUGAUGAUUUUUGUUCGGCAGUUAAAGAUCAAUCGUCAGAAGUUGUUGGAUACCGGGGUAUACGGUGAGGAUCACGCAGUUAUUAAAGAAAUGGAUGAAAAAAUUUCAUUAUAUGAGCAAUAUCUCGCGGUAUAUCGUUAG